GAAUUUCAUACUCCAAUUCACUUCUCUAGUAUUUCCAUUGUUGUGCUUGUGCAAGUUCAGUUCCACUUUCACAAGUGCUUAUUUCCCCAAGUAGGUCCCAGUUAUAUUUUACUUUUCUUUGCACUUAGUUGUUUUAUUUUACCACCAUGGAUUUCCUCACUUCGGCGAUGUUCUUGGGACGCGCAUAAUGUGGCGCAAGCGCAAGGUCUCCUCUUCUGUAUCAACACAUUCAACAGCUGAACCCCGGAAGAAAAAGCGGAAAAAUAAUUACAUCGUCAUCUCAAGCGUCGAAGAACACGACAACGAAAGCUCUCAGUUAGCUGAAGACGAAUGGUAUAUUAACUGUAUCCUUGACGAAACAGAAUCUCAUUAUCUUAUUGAUUGGGAGGGCCCUUGGUCACCAACUUGGGAACCAAAGGAACACGCCAACGACGCUGCAAUUCAGGUCUGGGAAGAGAAGAAGACACACUGUCACUCCCAGAACGAUAGUCAUCUUGCUGAAAUUUUAGAAACACAGUCAGCUGCUCAGGCCUCUCAGGAUCAUAGUGUAGAGUGCAUCAACUCAUCAGAACAGCCUCUGGGACAGCGUGGGAAUUCACCAUUAUUUGUUCCUGUCGAUAUUGUAUCUGAACCAGGUCCACCUCUGGAGGACAGCCGAUGGUUUGAAGUCCCAGAAUCAAAUCAAGGAACACCUGCAGCUUCUACACGCCGGCACAGUGGCUUGACUGUGCUAAUUCCAUUACCAGCCGCACCGUCAGAGGCUACAUGUGUGUUUGAGUAUAGCCCAAAUACAUCUAUCCCACUGGAAUAUCUCCUUCCAGGCGAAGUUCAAAGUUACCUUGCAACUCAAAUCGCUCAGAGUCCCAGUGGAACUCCGGCUUCUUCUAUCGAAACCCCGAAAUCUAGCAGCUCAUUGCCGCUCGAGACUAUCCGAGGAUCCCCAAGGGCCAGGUCAACCACAUCACCCAUCAUCCAAGAACCGUCUAAGACACCGGCCUGCGGCCUACGUGAAGAAUUAGAUGGGAUAGCAGAGACACCGCCUGUUACUUUGGCCAUUGUUGAAAGGGAAAAACCGUCUCGGUAUCCUCUAUCGAGCCCUUCUGAUUCUCAGGAUACCCUGUCCUCAGGAAGCUGCUUCUCCGGUUAUAGUUCGCUACUAUCUCAGCUAUUCCUAUCUGGGAGUCGUUUCUCCAAAGGCCAUAUUACAACCAAUCGAACGAGGUCUAUUGUACCAGAAUCAAAUCCAAGCACAUCACAGGGGUCAACACAACCUUUCAUUCAACUCUUGGACCAGGGAUCAUUAUCUGUAGGACAAAGUAAUAGGGCAUCAGAAAUGUCUACCGAGAAUAUGGAGGACCACCAAAAAAAGGAGGUGCCAUCAUUGGCUGAAACUAUGGAGAAAUAUAGCCACUACGAAGGAGCAACCCCGAGAGAGAAGAUGAAGAACGCGUACGCGCAAUUGAACGCAAAAGCAAAUUCUCUCCAGGCUGCUGAUUCGAGCGUGACUCCGUCAUCUAUAGGAGAUAUUGAACCCUCGGCACCUGCUUCCGUGCCGGAGGCAACAGCACCUCUAAGUGUUAGAGUUGACAAGGAACCCACUAUUCACCACCCUGGACCAGGAAGGAAAACUGCUAUAUCGGAACCACUUGAAGAGAUGUCCCAACAACAACAACAUGGCAUACAAACUAUUCAACCAAGCGCCUUGACGGUCACUCAUACCGAAGAGGUUCCUCUCGGAUCGGCGCACCUUGGCCCAUGUGAAUACGCCGUGCCACUCCCUAUGGACUCUAGAGUUAAAGAUGACUACGAACGAGUCUUGAUGAAUGAAACUCAGAGUAUUCGAGAUUUUCUCAGAGGAUCAAGCUCUCUAGGAGACUUCAACGGACAUGAGGAACGUCUUGUGGCAAAGAUGCGCGAGGUGUUAGGAAGUCUUAGCAACGUUGCGACACAUCCUGAUCUUAAUAUUGCGGAGCAUAUCAAGGAUUCAGAUUCAGACCUAAGGAAGGAAGCAGCUUGGGCUGAGUACUCCAGCGCAAAGUUUCUAUUUCUAGGCUACCUUGUAGAAAUUGCAAGUAGCCGGGAUAUUCACUUGGUGGUUAUGGUAAAUGGAGAUAAAACCCAAAAGGUGGUCGAACGAUAUCUAAUGGGCAAAGGCCUUGUAUACACUCGACCUCGGGAGGGGAUGGGGCCCGGCACUAAUUUGGAAAUUUCUUUGGUAAAGGGUUCCUUGAGUUUUGGGAUCCAGUCAACACACAAUGAAGGGGUUCUAGAAAGAUACAAGUCUCCCUCUGCAAUCAUUGCACUGGACUCAUCUUUGAAUGUGAAGAGUCCUUCGAUUGAACAUAUGCGAACUACAUUUGCUCGUAACGGAAGCCUACUUCCCGUCAUUCGGCUUAUUGUCUCAAACUCUAGCGAGCACAUUGAGCUCUGUUUCCCAGAUCCUCCAGAGCUACAGCGUCUUCAAUUAAUCAUCCAGUAUACCGUGCGUCUUCGUGAUAUAGUAGGUGAUUUGCAGGACGAUGCCCUUGGGGUACGGGAAGAUGUGGAAGAGAUUCUGUCUUGGCUUUUUUCGGAUCAUUUUGGCGUUAGCUGGCCAUUAACCUCCGUGGAACCUUUGUAUAUUGUGAGCUCAAAUGAGCUGUCUUCCGCUCAACUUGAAGCUCAUCCUCAGACGAAUACUGAAGGUACACCGAUCCCGAACGCUCAGGCUCCAAAACGUUUGUUCGUGGAAGUCUCGGGAGAGCAUCCUUCCAAACGACCUAGAAUGGAGCUGUCCCAGGAUAAUACUCAGCUUACCGACUCAACGACAUUCCCCAGCCAAACCCUGGAUAGUGGUCUGCAUGCAUUGGAGCAAAACCUCGUGCAGAUGAGAACUGCCCAUGAGGCGGAGCUCCAGAAAUUCCAAAAGGCAUUGGCGGACAUGCAAUCUCGCUUACAAGAAAGAGAGACACUGCUUGAGUCGCUCCAGCAUCGUUAUGAAACUCGGACUAAAGAUAUCCACAAAAUCCGCCAAGAGCGAGAUCGUUUGGUCGAAGCUAAAGCUACAUCGGACCAGAAAAUGGAAAAGCAGAGAGAGGAGAUAAGCAAACUAAAGGAUGAGCGUACCCAGCUAAGGCACGAUCUCGAGCAGGCAAGGGAAGAGAUCAAAUCUGGAGGGGGUGGUGUUGCAGAGCUAGAGACCGCCCGAGAAGACAUUCGGCGCUUAACAAGAGACAACGUUGUCUUGGAACGAAAGGCAGAAUAUGAGGCCAAGCAAGCUGAGUAUACUCGCGAGCAGUACCAGACCGCUUCGAAUGUAGCGGCCCAAACUGGUAAUGAAGUUCGCCAACUUCGGGAAGAGAACGAAGAACUGAAGCGUAAAAUUGCUGGCAAUGCUAGUCGCCUACGACAAAUCAAUAUCGAGAACGACGGGGCGCGACAUCUUUCUCGUAUAUCCGAAUUGGAAGCUACCCUCUCGGCUCGUGAGGAUCUAUUACGCCGAAAAGAAGAUGAGCUGCGGGAGAUCCGCAAAAACCGACCUUCCACCAGAUCAACGAGCACUCAACCUCGUAGUCCAAGGCUGGCCGCGGGGAGCCGGCCCACGAGCCCAGGGAUCAAUAAUCAUAAUGGACGUGGCAGCGCGUUGAGGUUCAGCUCUGAAAUGUCCGUUUAAGGAAGGGUCUUACUUGUUUUGCAUAAACCCACACCUGUUCAGAGAGGAACUUCCUUUUUGAUAUCAUUAUUUUUGUUUAGUUUUUAAUUUUAUUUUUGUAGCGGCUCCACCGGUUAUCGUCAUCAAGUCUAUGACGCUUAC